AUACACCUUUCUGUAUAGUCUCGCGGGCGUUUCCGUAUUAUUUUUCAUAAGAAAUGUAAAAAUAUUGACUUUCAUUCUACUGUAAAAGAGACUUCAUUACAGCUUAAAAUCAUGUUUCAGUACAUUCUUCUGUUCAGUCGUCAAGGCAAAUUACGUCUUCAAAGAUGGUACACUGCUAUGUCACAGAAAGACAAGAGAAAAAUCACCAGAGAACUCAUUUCUAUUGUAUUGGCUCGUAAACCUAAAAUGUGCAGUUUCCUUGAGUACAGAGAUCUUAAAAUUGUGUAUAAAAGGUAUGCAAGUUUGUACUUUGUUGCAGCGAUAGAAAACAGUGAUAAUGAAUUGAUUACACUUGAAAUAAUCCACAGAUAUGUUGAACUUUUGGACAAGUACUUUGGAAGUGUGUGUGAACUGGAUAUAAUAUUCAACUUUGAAAAGGCUUACUAUAUGUUGGAUGAAUUAAUUCUUGGUGGGGAGAUUCAAGAAACAAGUAAAAAAAAUGUAUUGAAAUCUAUCCAAGCUCAAGACCUUUUGCAAGAAGAAGGUGAAAUACGAAGUGCAUUGGAAGAAAUGGGUUUAUCGUGACAUUGACAAGAGCUUUCUAGAUCUCAUGAAAUCAUGUGAUUGUAAAUGUUUCCUAAACUUUGAAUCAUUAAAGAUGUUUAGGCACAUGUA